AUGAAUUUUAACAAACAGGAAUCCAUAAAAGGAAAGGGUAACGAUAACUCCCUAUCCGCCAAACUAAUUAACAAGGCAUAUACCCUAUCAGUUCAUCUGUGUGAUUACAUCAUAAGGCCACUCCUAUUUUACUGCUUCACACCCUUCAUAUUUGGAUAUGGACUUUACUACAAUGAUGAAUUUACGACGAACCCCUUUAAAUUAAUUCCGAAAAUAUUAAUCGGCUGA